GUGAGUGUGUCUCACAUGCACGCGGGACGGUUUGUGCUCGCGUGCUCUACGGCAAACGACGGAACAGCGCGUGCUGGAGAAGCUCCGGAAGCUCGAGUUCCCAUGGUGCCAUGUGUUGAUGGUGUUCUUGCAGAGGCCUGGCUCUUCCUGCUGCACUCCGCAUCGGCACAUUCGAGCGAUGCUCUGUGCUGAAGCUCAUGAUCUACGCUGAUCUUUAAACACGGCUCCAUACACCCCUAUUAGCCGAUGGGGUGAUUUUACCCUCCUGGCAAAAGAAAGCCAUCAUAAAGGCUUUGCUGUAGGAAAGAAUUGAAUCCCAUGUGUACUGGUCGAGUCGUGUUUUAUUAGAAGUGUAUAAAAUACAUAUUAAACAUUACAAUACAGACAGGCACACACUGGACGGAGCAAAUUCUCCUUCAGGUGUUGUGUGUGAAGUUCGUCCUGAAGACGAAGCAGCAUGGCGCGGAUGAACAGACCGGCUCCGGUGGAGGUGUGCUACAAGAACAUGAGAUUUCUCAUCACACACAACCCCACCAACUCCACCCUCAACAGCUUUAAAGAGGACUUGAAGAAGUACGGUGCUACAACAGUGGUGCGUGUGUGUGAGGUGACCUACGAUAAAACGCCCCUGGAGAAGGAUGGCAUCACCGUGGUGGACUGGCCGUUUGAUGAUGGAGCUCCUCCUCCAUCCAAGGUGGUAGAGGACUGGCUGAGCCUCCUCAGGAGACGCUUCAUGGAGGAACCAGGCUGCUGUGUGGCUGUGCACUGUGUCGCAGGCCUCGGCAGGGCUCCAGUGCUGGUGGCUUUGGCUCUCAUUGAGUGUGGGAUGAAGUAUGAAGAUGCGAUCCAGUUCAUCAGACAGAAGCGGCGUGGUGCGAUAAACAGCAAACAGCUGACCUAUCUGGAGAAGUACAGGCCCAAACAGAGACUGCGCUACAAACACCCACACAUCUUCAAGAGCAAGUGCUGCAUCAUGUGACCUGAACUCUGCACCCAACCCAAACUUCUCAGACCCGGGGUUCUCUUCACUGAACUGCUACUUCAGCAGAACCCCAUUUGGUCUGAGUGACUGACUGAUUUUUGAAUCCUUGUUGGUGCCUAAACUUGAUCGCUCUCACUAGAGUGAACACUGCCACACUCCUCAGAGAGGUCAAAGGUCACUACAGGGUCUGUCAGGUGCACCACCUUUCAUGGAUUGAUUGACCCAGCUGAUAUGGAGCCAAGGGGAAUCAUGGGAAACUUUUUUUUUUUUUGCCUGCUCACUUUCUUUCUUUAUCUGUGAAGUCUCAGGUCUUCAUUAUUCAGUCGUUUCUGCUCAAGUCGUCUCAACUGCCGCUUACUACAGUCCGUGAUUUUCCUUGUGAUGCUUCGGCAUUUCAUGAGUAAGCUCAGCGUAGAAAUGGACUGAGAGGAUUUCUUUGAGAGAGGGCCGCCUUUGGCCAAAAUCUUGGCAGCGUCUACAAGAAAGAUGUCCGCAUGAGGAAUCAGUGAAGGCUUUUGUGAAAUUUUGCGUUCGAGAUGUGCGUGCGCGCAAGAGAUUUUUUUUUUUUAUUUCACUUCUGACAUGUUUUGCUUUCUACACAUCCAUGAUAUUUUCUUAUGAACUUGAGUUGAUUAGUAUAUGAAUGAGUUGGAUAGAUCACUUCCCCUCAUCAUCC